AAAAAAAAAAAAAAAAAACCUGCGUUGGUUGCUGGGAAUCGUAGUCUUUCCAUGAUGGGACGCCGCCUUCGUUACCCGUCAUCCUCUUUGGGCCUUGCUUCCUCUUCCUCCUACUUCUAACCGUUUCGCUUUUCUUGUUUCCCUUUUUGGUUCCUGUCAAAAUGGCGGAUCGUCGGAGGCAGCGCGCUUCGCAGGAUAGCAGCGAAGAGGAUGAGUCCGAUUCGCCGCCUGGAAGCGCACCUUCUUCCCCGCGCACCGGCAGUCACCGCUUUGGCUUAGCCGGACCUGCAAGCACCGCCGGUGCUACUGCCGGUACUGAAAAUGUGGAGGCGCCGGUGACGGUUGGAGGGAGCCCGGCCGACUCGGAGUGUGAAAGUGAAGAUGGCAUAGAAGGACAUGCUGUUCUCUCUGAUUAUGAAAGUGCUGAGGAUUCUGAGGCUGAGGAAGGAGAAUACAGUGAAGAAGAAACAAAUAAAAUGGACUUAAAGCGGGACAGAAAUGACACCGAAUUGAGAACAAAAGCAGACAAAGGGGAUGAGAAACCAGAGUCAAAAGGCACAGUUGCAGGUGAAAGGCAGAGUGGGGAUGGGCAGGAAAGCACUGAACAAGUUGAAAACAAAAUGGGUAAAAAACUUCCUAAGCAUCUAGAUGAUGAUGAAGACCGGAAGAACCCAGCAUACAUACCUCGUAAAGGUCUUUUCUUUGAGCAUGACCUCCGUGGACAAACCCAGGAAGAGGAAGUCCGACCUAAGGGUCGCCAGCGUAAAUUGUGGAAAGAUGAGGGACGGUGGGAACAUGAUAAAUUUCGAGAAGAUGAGCAAGCACCAAAAUCCAGACAAGAGCUAAUUGCUCUUUAUGGCUAUGAUAUCCGCUCUGCACACAAUCCUGAUGACAUCAAACCCAGGAGGGUGCGCAAACCAAGCAUCUCCUCUACAUUUAGAUUUGGGAGUCCACCACAAAGAGAAUCCAAUUGGUCCAGUGAACGACCAAGUAAGCCACCACGACAUCAGAGUCUAGACAGUACUUCUGUGGCACCUCGAACAUUCAUUAAUCGAAACUCAGCGGGGACAGGACGGAUGGCCAGUCCAAGGGCAUUUCCCAAACCUAGUGGCUAUAAAGAUACUCGCCCAAGUUAUCGAGCUGUGGAUGUAAGUAGUCAGCAUGCACCUCGCUUCAAUGAACAAUCAAAGCCUGAGAGCAGUUACCGGGCCAGACGAUCAGAUCCAAUCCCAGCAAGAGAGCCCUCUCCCAAAUCUGAGAUACCACCUGUUCAAAACAGCCCUGUUAAAAAAGAAGAAGUUGUUUUGGAAAAUCAAACUCCACCUGCAGAUAUUCUACAGACACAGCCAGAUAAGCCUGUGGAAAAAAAAUCCUAUUCUCGGGCAAGAAGGAGUCGGAACAAAGCAGGUGAGACAGGAAAAUUGGCAGAUGAAGUUCCACCUCCAUCAGGGUUGAUGCCAGCACCAUUAAAAACUGCUGAUAUUAUACCAUCACCUUCUUCAGCAAAGACUGGUAAUUGGGAGGUACCUGUUGAGGCAAAUCUGGAUGGUCUUGAACAAGACAUGACUCAGUUGAAUAUGACAGAACAAAACUGGAAUCAAGGGCAACCCCAGUUCAUACCACCACAGGGUUUGCCUAAUCAGAUGCACAUUGGAGCAGCCCCACCCCCUCAGUUCAACAGGAUAGAAGACAUGGGGGUUCAAGCUGGGCGUGCAAAGCGCUACUCAUCACAGCGUCAGAGGCCUGUCCCAGAACCUGCUCCACCAGUCCAUAUAAGCAUAAUGGAAGGGCAUUACUAUGAUGCACUACAGUUCCAAGGUCCAAUUUAUACACAUGGUGAAAAUCCUACUCCACUUCCUCCUCAAGGGGUGAUUGUUCAACCAGAAAUGCAUCUUUCACAUCCAGGAUUACAUCCACAUCAAACACCUGCACCUCUGGCUAAUGCUGGCUUAUAUCCUCCUCCUGUCUCCAUGCCUCCUGGGCAGCAGCCGCCGCCGCCACCGCCACCACAACAGCUGUUAGCACCAACCUACUUUCCCCCUCCUGGAGUAAUGAAUUUUGGCAAUCCCAGUUACCCCUAUCCUCCAGGAGCACUUCCACCUCCCCCACCUCCCCACCUGUAUCCUAACACUCAAGCUCAGUCUCAGGUGUAUGGAGGGGUCACCUACUACAACACAGUUCAGCAGCAAGUGCAGCCCAAACCUUCACCUCCCCGAAGAGCCUCACAGCCAGUCACUAUCAAGCCUCCCCCUCCUGAGGUCUGUUAUUUCCCCCCUGUCUCUUCCUAGUGUACUAUUGUAUCUGCUUCCACUGGAAGAAUGUCCUUUAGUAAUGAGAGUGCCGAUCUCUCCACCUGAUUGAUAUGUUGCAAGCUCUAGUUUCUUAUUACAGAUUGUAAAUAGGUUUCAUGUUAACAUCUAUGAAGACUUAAACAAAUAAACAUAGAAGUUAAAAUCAAGCUUGAUGUCUAAAUCUGUUUGACUAAACUAAAAAUGUAUUUUCAUCUUUUUAAUUGCAGCUUCACUAUUUGAGAGAUAACCUCACAAUAAAUCUGAAUGAAUUUUUUUGUGCAAUGUAUAAAAUGAAUGUACCACUAUUUAAUUGAUCUGGCAAAAGCUUCACUUUUUGUGUUUUAUCUUUAUUUGGUGUGUUAUGUUUUUUAUCUGAAAAUAUGUGAGGCCCUAUUGCUACAUCAGUACAACAUUAAUACUGCUCCAAAAUAUAUGAAGGUAAAGCAUUCCCCUUUUUAAAAUGUGGGAAAGAAUCUAUAAUUCUACAGAAAGUCCAUUUCUUUAUUUUGGGGGUACCACUUGAGAUAAAUUCCUGAAACUUUUUAUAGAAAAUGGGAAUAACUAUUAUUUUUGGUUUCUUAAUAGUUUUGUGAUUAGUUAUCCAGUUACUGUAAAUUAAAUUCAGAUUUUUUUUUUAUUUGCUGAUUUCAUAUUGAAUUGUUGAAUUAACAGGUAGCAAAAAUUAGUAAUGUUAAGGACUUAUGAUAAUAUAUUUGUAUUAACAAUUGUUAACUUCUGACUAUUCUCUAGAUAAAUACCGACUAAACUCACAAUUUGUGACUGGGCCGCACCGUUUCAGACUGAGGCUGGGCGUUUCCCAACAGAAUGUUUCUUAAAACUCCCUCCUUCCGUGUAGGCAGGUAGAAUGUUGCAAAGAAUGCUAAGUUAAAUUGUUCUGCAGGAAUAUUAACUUGUAAGGAGCUCUGUGAUUGUACACAGUGAUAAAACAAAAGAUAUGCACUUGUGUGUAGUGACCAAUAACAAGAAUGCUGUUUCAUAAAGGGGAAAUGCUUGGGAUAUGAUCAAGAAUUUGACCGAAUCUUGGCAACAAUAAGCUAUGUCUUACACUGAUGAUUGUUUAGAGUAGAGAAUAGGACCCCUUUAUGUAUCUUCUACUGUAGGCUGGAUGACAUCGUGGUGCUGAGACUAACCUUCCUCCUUUCACAGGAAUUAAUUAAUUCAAAAGCCAUUUCAAAGCAUCACAAAUGCUUUGAAGCACCUCCUAUAGGGAGCAACUUAAUUAUCUGGUCUUGCAGCCAGCUUCAUACAACCCACACACUUGUUUGAAAGGGGGAACAGGCAUGUGGCUGAAGUGGCAGGGAGUCAAUGCUUGCCUGUGCUCCUAACUCAGCACCUCUUUUGACAGACAGAUUUGCAGUUUCUUCUUGGAAAAAGUGUCGGAGUAGGUAAGAUAUCGCUUCAAGAAAGAGUUAUUUCUCUGCAAAGAAGUGCAGUGAGUAAGGGGCUUCAUACUAUCAGCUCCAAAGCCAUAUUAAUGAAAGAGUUCUGCUCUUCCCCCCCCCUCUCAUUUCUAUCUAGGAUGGCAGAAAUGAAAAGUCCAAAGAAAGAAGCAACAUUUAGAGAAUUCUGCAUCUUGCUGAUUUCAGUAGAGUUCCAGAGCUGGCCCUGUGGAAGACAGAAGACAGCUCCUUUGUGGAAUCUCUCCUCUCUUUUCCCUUGGUAAUAAAUGAUGCACAGGGAUGCAGAUACUUCUGCUAGGCCAGGCCAUAUUAGUAUUAUAUCUGAGGCAAGAUGUCUAUCAGAAAGGUAUCAGCAAAAUCAGAUAUCUUUGCGGUUCCCCCUUUUUUUCUGGUGUAUUGUUCUUUGGAAGAUAUAUGUGAUCAAUGACAGAGGAGCAGUUCUAUUUUAUUCCUUUCUAAAUGUGACAGUUUUUUAAGUGUCAAGCUAAAUCUAUUCAGCCCAUCCCUAUGUUCGUUUCUCAUUCAAUGUACCUAUCCCUGCUUUAUUUCUGUUCUGUUUAACUGGUUUGUUACUUGAGUUUGUUAACUUGUAUGAAUUUGUUUUCCUUGGCUAUGUUUUUUUCCAACAAUACAAUUUUAAAAUAAAAUACUAUUUUAUGCAAGAUUAUGCAUUUGGGUAGUUAAUACCCUACAACAGGGAUGGGCAACUUUGGCCCUUUUACAACCUGUGGACUUCAACUCUCAGAAUUCCUGAGCCAGCUUGGCUGUUUCAGGAAUUCUGGGAGUUGAAGUCCACAGGCAGCCAGCUUGGCUGUCUCAGGAAUUCUGGGAGUUGAAGUCCACAGGGAGCCAGUUUGGCUGUCUCAGGAAAUCUGGGAGUUGAAGUAAAAGAUUGUAAAAGGGCCACAGUUGCCUACCCCUGCCCUACAAUUACCUUCAAAGUUAGACAUUUUAUGCUCAAAACAGUCUCUGGUGCAUUGUUAGAAGGCAGAAAAGAUAUUCGUUCUUCGUAUAGCACUAUCUCUUCUUUAGGACUCUAAAUCACUAUUUCUCAGCCUUCGCAACUAAGCUGUGUGGAUUUUAGCUGAUAAUUCUCCACACUGAAGUCCACAAUGUUUAAAGUUGCCAAGGUUGAGAAAACUGCUCUUAAAUAAUGCCUUGCAGACAUCUUUUUCUUGCCUGCUCUUUGCAGCUUACAUUUCCCUAUUCAGGUUGCAUGGCUUCCCUUCACAUUUUAUAAUCCUCACAAACUUUGAAUGUACUUAAUUUGCUUACAGAACCAUAGUAGAAAAUGGCCACCUUUUAAUUAUUUGGGUAGGAAGAAAUUGAUUGGCAUUGAACUAACCUUUGGUGAAGUUUUCAGGAAACAUUCUGGAUCUAUAUGCCUGGUUUUUUUGUUUUGUUUUGUUUUGUUGUGCAUGUGUAAAUUCCUACUUGGAAUGUACCAGGACCUAUUUUUUUAAAAAAUACUUUAAAAAGCAAUUUAGCUAAUAUUUGAAAAAAAAACCUGUAUGAUGAAAAUAUAUUUGGUUUUUUUCUGCCUUAAUGUUUAAAUGUAUUCUUUUAACAUCAGUCUUGAAUCUUAGACCUAAGGACACUGUGAUAGUUAAUUCUUGUUAAUAAAUUUUUUUUGUUCCUGUU